AUGAAGGUCAUCAGAAAGUCGGAUAUGCUUCGCAAUAGCCAAGAGGGACAUUUGCGAGCAGAGAGAGACUUUCUAGUCGCGUCGGAGAAUGCGCGAUGGGUAGUUCCCCUCAUUUCUGCUUUCCAGGACAACAACAACCUCUAUCUCGUCAUGGAAUACAUGAUGGGCGGCGACUUCCUAGGUUUACUUCUUCGUGAAGACAUCCUCGAUGAGAACGUUGCAAAAUGGUAUCUUGCGGAGAUGAUAUUGUGCAUCGAGGAGGCACACAAGAUGUACUGGAUCCAUCGCGAUGUCAAGCCCGACAACUUCCUCAUCACUUCGUCUGGUCAUCUCAAGAUCUCGGACUUUGGCCUAGCCUUUGAUGGGCACUGGGCUCACAACCAGACGUACUACAAUGAGCAACGAUACGGUCUACUCCGCGACUUGGAUCUACAUGUCAAAGGCGACGCACAAGACGUUGAAGAAGACAAGGAUCGAUCUGACGCUCGCAAAACCAUGAAUCUCAUCAAUGGGAGCGCAGCGGCCCGCGGCCGUUACCAUACCAGACAAGACUCAACGCAUGGACCUAUCAUCGACUGGUUGAACCGAGAGCAGAGGCGUGAAUUCGCCAAGAGUGUUGUUGGGACGAGCCAAUAUAUGGCACCAGAGGUCAUACGAGGCGAAAGCUACGACGGUCGCUGUGACUGGUGGAGCAUUGGCAUCAUACUAUACGAGUGCCUUUACGGUUGCACGCCCUUCUUCUGCGACAACCGUCAAGCUACAAAGAUGCGCAUACUCGAUCAUAGGAGGUGGCUGCGAUUCCCAUCUGACCAGCGUUAUGCUCGUCCCAACAUCGACCGCGUACCACUCAUGCCAGUCUCACGCAACGCAAUCGACCUCAUGAUGCGACUGCUCGAGGACAGACAAGACCGACUCUCAGCUAAGCGAUACCGUGAGAACGACUGGGCCCUCCGCGACAAAGCUGCUGGUGCGCGCCGCAAUCGUAACGUCAACACCACCGGUCACAUUGUUUACCCCAACGAUGCCGAAGACAUCAAGUCGCACCCGUUCUUCCGCAACAUUCAGUGGUCACAACUGCAUCUGACUCGUCCACCAUUCGUACCACGCGUUCACGGCGGUCAGCCAAUCACCAAAUACUUCGACGAUGAGGCCGAGAUCAUGAGCGCGUCUGAUCAUCUCGACUCUUCGAGCUACGAAGCUCUCGGAGGGCUGGCAGACCCUGCAGUAGAAGGACAAGUUGGUGGGGAUGAUGCUACAUCCCCGGUCCAGCCGACUGCCCAGCAUGAUGGUGCAGCAACGCCAGCUCAAGAAGGGUUUGCCAAGUCAUUGCGUGACAUGAAGAGACGCAAAAGGGAGAAGAAACGACCGCGUGACAAGCUUCUUCGAGAUCCAGAUGUCAGUCAAACUGUUCUGGAAAUCAGGAAGAAGGGUGCUUUCGUAGGCUACACCUAUCGCAGGCCUAGGUUCUCUUUGCUAGACUUGGAGGACAAGAUCGCUGCAAGACCUCACAUCACACUAAACGUGGUCAAAAUGUGGAACGACAGCAAGAUCAACUACGCGUGCAAGAAGAUCUUCACCAAGGAAGGCUACAAAGUCGAGGACAUUGAGAUGUUCGAGGUUGAGUACGAAGAUUGCUAUGAGAAACCAUGGGUCAUGUGUCGCCACAAAGACGCUUGGUACCAACCCGACCUCAUGAACUUCUACAUCGGCCUGAUUCCCGUUAAUAUGCGACGCUUCAACCGCCACUUCAUCGCGCUGCCAGCUGAUGACAAAGGUGGUCGAGAUAUUUACAACGACUACGACACUAUAGUCUGGAAAGGACAAGCCAGCCUACACAAUAUCAUCGCCGAGUCCGCAAGGUCAAUGGGCCAGUACGUAGGCGGAGGCUUUGGCAUCUGGAGUUCCGGUACUCUCAUGUGGUCCGAUCAGACGUGGUCUGACCUCGUCGAAAACAACGCGACCGCGGUGAUGAACCCUACGUCUCAGAUUUCUCUCGAAGAGGCAUUUGCUCAGACUAUGGUGCUUGCCCUCGCGGAGUUUUCGGGCAUACCUUUGGCUUCUUUCAUCCCCGAGUAUGAGAAGAUUCGGCAGGUGGUCUUCACUUUGUGGGAGAGCUUCAUGUGGGUCUUGACUGCUAAUGACCAGGUAUUUUGUCAGGAGAGGAUCUUGGAGGAUAGUCCGGCGGGUUUGCCAAACCAGCUUCCUGACAUUAAGGUCUAG